AUGACUUUAUCAAUAAUUCUCAGUAGUAUUUUUAUUGUAUUAAUAUCUUUAAGCUGCCUUAUUUCUUUUGUGGUUCUUAUACGAAUAUUUAUUCAUAUUCGUCCAUCAUUAUCAAAUAUAUUAGUUUUAUUAACAUGCAAUACAUAUUUUACUAUAAUUUUAUUUUGUUUUACAUUACUUUAUGCAUGUAUACGUAAUCUUUAUGGUCACAUAAAUUCAUCUAUUUCAUUAGCUGGUCAAUGGUGUAAAAUUCGUGCAUAUUUAUUAUAUGUUUGUUUUUGUGCUUUUUAUUAUUCAUUUGUUCUUCAAGCAAUAUUUCGUUUUUUUCAUAUCGUAUAUUAUAAAAAGAAAAUUUUACAACAUUUUCAUAUAUUUAUUAUUGCUAUUCUUAUUCAAUGGAUUUUAUCAUUUCUUUUUAUUUUUCCUCAUAUAUUAUUAAAUGAUUUUCAAUAUCAAUCUCUUAGUUAUAAUUGUUGGAUAUCAUUUGGAAAUAUUCGAGGAAUAUUAUUAGCAACAUUAACUAUAUAUGUAUGUCCUAUUUCGAUUAUAUUUACAAUAUAUACAUGUAUUCUUCGAUAUGUUCGUCGAACAUUUAUAAAUCGACGAGAACAACAAAAAUCUUAUAAACGAGAUGCUAUUAUUUUAAAACGUAUUGUUAUUCUUCUUCUAUUUUUAGUUAUGUUUGAUAUUUCAACAUUAACUGUUUUUGUUAUUUAUUAUAUAACUAAUUACUUAAUACCAUUUGCUUAUGAAAUACAAGUUGUAAGUAUAUCAAUUGGACUUGUUGUUACACCAAUUACUUUAAUAUUUAUUACACCUAAAAUACGAUAUAUAUUUAAACGACAUGUAUCAGUUACAUAUCUUUCAAUAAAAAGAGGAAAUAUACAAUAUACAACAACAGAUUCAAGUCGACAACAGACAGAUAAUUAA